AUGUUAUCAUCACCAUCAACUUCAUUUUCGACCAUUGCGUGGCCCUUAAAGAAUCCCAUGAGCGCUGAGCAUAGCAACUACGUUUAUAGAGAGACUGAAGCUUCAGUGUCAUUUGCUCAAGAUUACCCUCCAUCUCAGCCAAAACUCGAGCCCAAUUGUUCCACCAUCUCCACUUCAAUUGGCAGUAGCCCCACGAUGGUUAAGAAGCUUUAUCACAAUGCUAGCGAGCGUGAUCGUCGCAAGAAGAUUAAUACUUUGUACUCCAGUCUUCAUACGCUACUUCCCCCAGCUGAUCAAGCCGAAAAAUUAAGCAUUCCAGCUACAGUUUCGCGCAUGGUCAAAUACAUACCAGAACUACAACAACAAGUGGAUGAAUUGAUUCAAAAGAAGGAAGAGCUUAUAUCAAGGAUUUGUAGGCAAGGUGAACAAAUUCAUCAAGAAAAUCAGAGACAAAUUGCAAGUCGGAGCUCUUUAUCUGCUGUUUCGGCAAGUUGGCUUAAUGAUAGAGAAGUUAUGAUUCAGAUAUCCACAUAUAAUGUUCAUAAGAGUCCAUUGGCUGAGAUCUUGCCUAAUUUGGAGAAGGACGGGUUUCUAAUAUUAAAUGCUUCAUUUUUUGAGUCCUUUGGAGGAAGGGUGUUUUAUAAUUUGCAUCUCCAGGCGGAAAGGACUUAUGCUUUGAAGCGUGAGGUUUUGAGUGAGAAGCUCCUAUCAUUUUCCGAAAGGGGGGAAGAGAUCAACUACGAAAAUCUUGGCUCUAUAUAUUUUAAUGAUGAUUUAUAUUAA